AGAUUAUAUUAGACUUCUUUAUUAAUGUUUGUGUCUUUGUCACGAAGUUUUAGGUUCUAUUACGAUUACUUCGCCUCUUUCUUUUCUCAGCAGUGAUAGUUGCACCUGACGUCUGGCUCACGUCACUAACAAAGAAACGUCCAACAGAUCAGAAAGACAGCACAAACCUCACUAUCUAUGCUUGUCUCGUCGGUGCGUCCCUUAUCUUUGCCGUCACCCGAGCAUAUGCAUUCCUUCAGGUUUUGCUUAGAUGUUCUGAGCGUCUUCAUAACAAAAUGGUUUUGGCAAUUUUACAAGCACCGGUUCUAUUCUUUGAUUCAAAUCCCGUGGGAAGAAUACUCAAUCGAUUUUCUAAAGAUGUAGGCUGCCUUGACGAGCUGUUGCCAAGGAAUUUUCUAUUAUCUAUCCAGUGUGUCUUGAUGGUGUUUGCAUCAACAAUUAUACCAACUAUUACAAAUCCUUGGCUUCUAUUUCUUGUUAUUCCGUUGAUUGUGUUAGUCUUGUGCAUCUCCACGUAUUACUUGAAGACGUCCAGAGAGCUCAAAAGGUUAGAGUCAAUAUGCCGCAGUCCAGUCUUCUCUCACUUUUCCGAGACCCUGAAUGGACUGGACACGAUUCGAACAAGAGGCAGACAAAGGGAUUUCGUGGAUCAGUUUUACAGAUAUCAAGAUGUUCAUAAUCAGGCGUAUAUUAUGGUGAGGGCCAGUGGGCGAUGGCUUGGUGUACGCUUGGACCUUCUCGCAUCCAUUUUAGUUGGUGCUGUGUCUUUGACAGCCGUUUUUGUGUCUCAGGAGGCCGGUAGGUGUAUUUUAUCAGCAUUAUGAAAUCACGCCUACCACAUUCGUAACAUAGCUGUUCCAUUCUACUGCAGCCCGCUGUUUAUUUCAUAGUCUAUAGUGGUGCAUGGUAGAACUAAGGAAGAUUACCAUUUGAUCAAAAAAAUAAAAACAUAACAAACAUAAAAAAACUGGCAAGGGCAAUUUACGAUAGUGAGUAAAAAGAGCAGCACCUCUUUGCUUUGUAUUGGUCAGUUGUCUUUCGUUUUCUCACGAAAGGCAACCGGUCGGCAGCGUUGAGAGGGUGUUGUAUCCGCAAGAUGCGAUAACCGAGGUCAAUAAUUCUUUAGCAGUGAGUUUAGUAAUUGAGAAGUAUUUCGGUACACUUAACACGGAAUGUGAGGUUCGUGUUCUCUUGGCAGAAAUGGAAAGAACUUCACAUGAGCCGAUUGGUAUUUGCGGGAAAGUCACAGAACGCGCGAUCUGUGUACAGGUGUACGCUGCGUUGCAGAAGGAAAUUUCCCUGCAAAUAACCGUCUGCGAAUUAGUGUACAAAUCUUUGUCUGAAACCUCUAACGAACUACUUACUACAACCGGAAAUGAUCCAACGUUGUACAGGUAUCAAACGAUACAACACACGUGGUAGGAAGGAGAUUUUGAAGCGGUGAAAUCUCAGUUCGAAGAGUUGAAUCUUCUCCCCGAACAACGAGAUGCGAUAAAUCAUUCUUCUAAGGGAAAACAAUUUUGUUAAUUUACCCUCUGGUUUUGGUUAGUCCUUAAUAUUUUAAUACAUCCCGAUUGUCGCGGACAUCGUAAAUAACAAACCUCGUGGUUCAAACGUCGUUAUUGUUAUUUCACCGUUGCGAUCGCUGAUGGAGGACCAAGUUCGAUAUUUGACCAAAUUGAAUACUCCAGCUAUUUCGAUAACGAAUGAUAGUUCGCCCCCAGGAUUUCGCGCGGCCAUUUUUUUGUCGCUAUUUUCUUUCGCGUCACGCACGACGGACUAAGCGAAAGAGGAACUACUCGUGUCUACCGCUAUGUGGAGGUGAUAACAACGGGGUGAGGGGGGAUCUUCAAAUAUUUCGCUAAGCGAUGGUUAAUUUUGGAUUAAAUGCCAGUUUUGCGUUAGUAUUUGUUAGGUACUGAUGGCUGAUAUUGCGUGACGAAAGGCAAGAAAUUUUUUUUUUUCGGGUAACCAAUUACAAUUAAGAAAGAUUUCGAAAACGACUUCCCGCAUUCGUUUCUCUGUCGAGGGUCUAGAACAAGGUUCUGUGCGCUACUUUGCAGACGCUAGUAACCGGCGGUAUGUAGCGUCUGCGACGCACGUUAGAUUUGUGUAGUACCAAAGAACUAAAAGAUAGUUAGGUUCGGUUGAAAGCUGCAUUUUACGUGCGAUUGUAUACAUGUGGACAGGUCUAUUCGUGGUGAUAACCGCGAAGAUUUGCAAAGGAUUCCUACUGUACGAUGUACAGUUCGAAGCCAUACCUUACAUUUACAAUCGCGUAGAUGCUUCACGUCAACAAACCCGUGCCGAUGAAGUUUAAAAUUGGGAAGUGAUUCAAAUAAGCUAUAGCUAUGAUCUAUUUAUCUCCCGGUUUCAUUUCUUUUUUUCAGUAGAUAGAGAGUUACUUUGUUGCCUAGAGAACCGUUUGUUGUUCAACAAAUGUAAUCGAAUUAAAUGGAGAAGCCAAUGAAAUUUAACUGUUCUCAAGGUCAACCUUUCACAGAGGUGCGAGUAGAUGUUUCUUCUAGUUUUACCAGUACCAAGACGCCUAAAGGCGAUUCCGUUGGCCAGGGAGCGUAGCAUUGGAAUGAAUUGUGAAGUUACUGUAAAGUGCCACGAUUAAUGAGUUAGAUCAGCUAUAGAAAUCACUGUAGAAAGUCUUGAAGAAACGGUCACUGUGUUUGUAGUGGAAAAUAGGGUAGGCGGAAAAUUACUGUGCGAGAAGAGCCUCCUUCCCCGGCUCCUAUUUCUUCUUUCCGGGUGAUCUACAAGAUGGAACGAGAGUGUGCAUGGUGUUUAACUGAAAUAAUAUUG